AAUGACAAUUUACAUUCACCUGUGGACUUUUGUAUCUGUGUUUAAGGCUGUCAAAAGUGACAUGGAAGGCUUCGUCGUUGGUGGUGAAUACGCAAAGAUAGCACAGUACCCACAUUCUGUGUUUCUAGACAUUAAUUGUGGGGAUUCGUACAUUUGUGGUGGAUCUUUGGUCACUAAUCAAUUGGUGUUGACAGCCGCGCAUUGUCUUUCGUCGUGCCAAUCCGUUCGAAGAGACCAUAUCAUUAUAAAGUUUGGCCAUGAGGUUAUAGAUAGAAUGAGGACGCAAUCAGUGAGGAAGUAUGUUAAACAUAGGCACUAUAAUGAUGAGACCCUGGAGUUUGAUAUAGCUAUGGUAAUGGCGAGGAAUGCCAUGCAACUGGGGAGAUUUGUGAAGCGUGUCGCUUUGAUGGCGAAAUACCCGAAGCAGCCAUCAGCUGGCUACAUGGCUGGAUGGGGUGUUGUUAAUUCAGAACAACAAGAGUCUGUUGUACUGAAGGCAACAGUUCAAAAGUUUCAACCCAGUGAUGUAUGCAGUCUUUUAGGAUAUCUGCCAGUUGGUACAUAUUGUGCUGGGCCUAUUACAGGAAGGGGAGCUCCUGAUCAAGGUGACUCCGGCAGCGCCUUAAUGAUAAAUGACUACAUUCAAGUGGGUCUGGUUUCCUUCAAGAGGCCAGACACAACCAGAGGUCUAGUUGUAUAUACAAACAAUGACGAGAAAUUGAUCAAAUGA